AUUGUUCAGUAAUCUUGAUUGAAAACAUGAGAAGGUUAAAAGACGAGUGACAGUCCGUGGAGUCGAAUGAAACUAGGAUUUCAUUGUGUGAAUAAGACUUUAUGGCAGGAUUAUGGUAGUUCUUUGAUUGCAAUCAGCAAAGUGAUUGGAUUUCUUGCUACAUGAUGGAUGUUACAGAAUGUUGUCAGUUCAUUGACACCAAAGGACAGUGGAUUUGUAGUUUAAAUAUUGGGGUAAAUAGAUGAACCGUAAUUCAUUAUACAAGUAUCAUCAGUGAUGAUUGGGGAGGGUUUGGCCAGUAUGAAGCCACAGUUGAGUUAUCCUACAAGAGAGAGUGCAACAGGGCAUACAUACUUCAUCUCUAAAUUGCUGGGGACCAAAUAUGAGCUUAGCAUGUCUUGUAUGCCAUAGUGUAGAAAGUCCAUCACACUCUUUUAGAAGCUAUUCGGUCUCAAGUUCUGACAAUGAAGGAAGAUGUUCUGCUAUUGCAAACUGCAUUACCAGGAAGCUAUCUCUUCCUCCUCCAAGGGCCACCAUCGCAUCGACAUCCAAAGUAACCCCACAACCAACCAAUACAAGUCACGACAUGACAGGACCCCCAAGACUAGUCCGAAGCUGCGCCGUGAGAAGGGACCUGGUGAGAGAUUGGAAUUUUGAUGGGGUAGUAUUGGAGCAUUAGUUCCCUUGGAAACAGUGCAGGGUUAUCCUUUAGUGUGACAGUAUUAUAGCUUUAUUUAGUUGUUUCUUUAGAUCGUUCUAUUAUGGGUGCAACUGAACUCGCUUUUCGUCUUGGAGAGUUGGAGCAUUUGUGACCAUUGUAGGAAAAUUCAAUAUGAAAACAUUGUUCAUAUUCUCCUCUUUUCAUUACCAUUUCUAAUCAUCUUUCAUUGCGAA